AUGGCUAAAUAUCUCGGUGAUUUUCAAUUUGGGGUGGGUAUUCCUAGCGGGGCUGAGGCUGUGCUCCAUAGUGCGAACAGGUUCUUAAACGUGUUCCACUCGGAUGGGUCGUUGGCCAUGAUUACUGUUGAUUUCUCUAAUGCUUUCAACCUGGUGGAUAGAACCGCCCUUUUGUCAGAAGUUCGGACCAGAUGCCCAUCCAUUUCCUUAUGGGUGGAUUUUCUAUAUGGACAGCCGACCAGAUUAUAUGUCGGAGACGAUCAUAUUUGGUCCACCACUGGGGUUCAGCAGGGAGACCCCUUGGGGCCUCUUCUCUUUGCCUUAGUUUUGCAUCCCCUCAUUCAUCAGAUACGAGAUACAUGCAAGUUACUCUUCCAUGCUUGGUACUUGGAUGAUGGUACGAUUAUAGGAGAUGCUAAAGAGGUGGCAAAAGCUUUAGAAAUCAUCAGGACUAAGGGGCCCUGUUUGGGGCUUCAACUUAAUGUCAAGAAAACAGAAGUUUUUUGGCCAUCGUGCAAUGGAGUUAAGGUGAAAAAGGGUUUGUUUCCUAGUGGGAUUGGACGGCCGGUGUCGGGUGUCAAACUCCUCGGGGGCGCUGUUAGUCGGGAUGCGGGUUUUAUUAGUAGGUUGGCCGUGAAAAGGGCAUCUUGUGCAGUGGAUCUGAUGAGCUAUCUUCCACAUAUGCGGGACCCUCAAAGCGAGCUUCUCUUGCUGCGCUCUUGCAUGGGUGUUGCUAAGUUGUUGUUCGGCCUCAGAACGUGCCAACCCACGUUUGUUGGGGAGGCUGUUUCAGUUUUUGACAAAGGCCUUCGGAGAGCUAUCGAGGAUAUUGUGGUUUGCGGGGGUCCGUUUUUUGGGGAUCUUCAAUGGAGGCUUGCAUCCCUUCCGACCCGUUUUGGGGGUUUGGGUUUAUGUUCGGCUGAGGAUGUAUCUACGUAUGCUUUCGUGGCAUCGAGGGCGCAAUCUUGGAGUUUGCAGGACCACAUUCUUCGGGACAGUGGUAUUGCCGGGUUAGAUUCCGAUUAUGUGUGUGCGUUGGAUUGCAUGCACAUGUCCCUUCCGGAUUUCGAUAUUGGCGGUUUCUCUAAUAAGGACACCGCCCCCCCUAAAGCCCAGAAUGCUUUGGCGAGUGCCCUAUUUAGUAGAAUUGUCCAGAGUUUAGGAGAGAAGUUUAGUCUAUUCCCUCGUCAGAAAGCCGUGUUCAAUUGUCUACGGGCUCCUCAUGCUCAAGAUUUCCUGACAGUCAUCCCCAUUGAAGGACUAGGCCAACACAUGUCGGCAGUGGAAUACCGUGCAAUCCUUAAGUACCGGCUAAUGAUCCCUCUGUUUCCGGUUGAUGAGCCCUGCCCAGUUUGCCGCAAGGUUUGUUUAGAUACUUUUGGCGAGCAUGCGGUUCAUUGUAAGGAGUUGCCUGGUUUUAAAUACAGGCAUGAUUUGGUAAGGGAUAUUCUGUUUGAUAUUUUAAAGCGGGCAGGGAUUUCAGCAAAAAAGGAGGCUCCGGUGAACUUUCUGACGGAUCCGCUCGAUGGGAGGUCUACUCUUCGACCAGCUGAUAAGGAGAGCCCGGAGGGAACUUUCCCGACGAUUUUUCUUGUGUUUGGGUGGGCCAGGGGAAAACACGCUUGUGUGGACCUUACAGGAGUGUCCCCUCUUGUUGGGCUCAGGGAUAAUGGGUUUGUUGCUGGCCAGGCUGCAUUAAGGCGGAAUCAAGCAAGGUCGCUAAACAUGAGAAGGCUUGUUUAG